UCAAGCGGCCAUUUUUACCACGUUUGGACCGUCAUCAAAAGAGCUUGAAUUCUGUAAUUUUCAUCUUUGUGUCUCAGCUGAAAACGAACGGAAGAUGAGUUCUAAAGUCGUUCGAAGAGAUUCCUUAAAUGUUUGUGUUGUUUGUUGCGAAGAUAUUGAGUUUUUCGCCAUUGGAGUGUGUGACCAUUGUGUUUGCUACAAGUGUUGUGUUCGAAUGCGUGUACUCGGGAAGGAAAUUUACUGCCCAGUGUGCCGAACAGAACUGAAGCAGGUUGGUAUCAUUGAAAUGGAAGUAACCUAUGAUGUUUACAUUACAAUGCUGUUUAAACAGGGAAAUUGAAUUUUUAAAUUAGAUGAGUUAAAAGUAAUACCGGCUCACUAGUAAGACGAUCGAACUAUGAAUGAAAGUGCUUGUAAAAGCAUUUUUCAUAGCCUUGUGCGAAAAUUAUCACUCCUUCGAGCAUUCGACAACUCCAGGUUGCUUUCCUAUCGCAUUGCAACUUCUUUAUAGCAGAGAGCCUUUCUAGCUAAACUAUGUCUAAAUAUACUACUUCAUUUAUGAUUACAAGCUCACGAGUCUGCUAAACAUCUGAGGUGAUUGUGAAACAACAUCACUUUCGUUUAAUAAUCACACAGAGAGGUCUUGUAAGAUUGAUAAGUCGUGAGUAAAACAAGAGAGCUUAUGUAGUCCAUAUAUUUGAUAUAAAUAUUUGAUAAUGAAUGCUUCUCGGGUGAUCUCGGAUUGAUCUCGGAAUGAUUCAUUUCUUUUUAUGAUCACUGCGUAGGCGGUGAUAAUAGUCAACCACUGUUUUGAAAAUGGCUGAACGUGCUAAAUUUUGUGCAAAGUAGAAUCCAGUCGCUCUGCUAAUCACCCAUGAAAUUAUGCUGUGAAAAAUUUAUUGGCCUUGCCACUAGGGUAAAUUGACAAUUUAUUUCCUCAUAUUUACCUGGAGAAUAAAUCAACAAUACAUACUAUUACUGUGCCUUUGGCAAUUAAAAUUUAAGUAUUCAAUUAUUGUGCUGGAGAUAUUUAAGCUUUGAACUCCCAAGAUCUAACUGUUAAUUCUCCCAUCUGGCUGUUACACGUAAAUCACUUCUAGGAAUUAAAGGGUUAAUCUUUUGUAUGCCAUUUUCCUUCAGGUAUUCAUAACUAAACAUAUGACCAGUUAUGCAAAACUGGCUGGUAGAGGAGGUUCCUUUGUGAACGAUAAACGACACAACAUUCAUUACCAACAUAAGGGCAUCCAAGACAAAGUUAAGGAACUCUUGGAACAUCGCUGUCAGUUCUGCCCAAGCCGCCAGCCAGAGAGAUCAUUUGGCCGUCUCCGUGAUCACAUGAAGCGGGAACAUGAAAAGUUCUAUUGUGAUCUCUGUGUAGAAAAUUUGCAAAAGUUCAGCUUUGAACUGAAAGCCUACUCUCGUUCUGAUCUGGCACGACACCGCAGAGUUGGUGACUCUGAUGACAAAUCCCACAAGGGACACCCUCGUUGUGAAUUUUGUGAUCAGCGUUAUCUUGACAAUGACGAGCUUCACAAGCACCUGCGUAAGGAUCAUUUUUGGUGUCACUUCUGUGAACGGGAUGGAAGUCAGGACUACUAUCCUGAUUAUAAACAUUUACGAGAGCACUUUCGUGAUUUUCACUUUCUUUGUGAAGAAGACGAUUGUAUUCAUGAACAGUUUACUUCUGUCUUUCGAACAAAGGUUGAUUUUCAAGCACAUCGGGCUGCAAAGCACUCUGGAAAGUUGAGUAAAGCACAGGCUCGUCAGGCUCGUCAGUUAGAUGUUGAUAUAACCUUUGCUCCACGGCCAAGGCCUCAGACAAAUCAUGGUUCAGUUACUGCUGGAGAUUUUGUGGAAGUGAGAACUUCAGAACAAAGAAAGGGAAAAAGAGAAAAAGGAGGAAGAAGAGGAGACUUUUCAGGGCCAAACAGGUUUGUAGUGGUAGAGAUGUACCAGUAAAUCUUCUAGCAGCAGAAGAGUCACGAGUGAAACUCUAUGGAGGGUUAUUUCUUUUGCCUUGUUUAUUUCCUUUUUCAUUCUUGUAUACACAAUUGUAAAUGAUCACAUUCUGAUAGCCUUAUUAGGUAACUGCCUUAUUGCAAUGACUUUAUAAAGGUGUUCAUUGGCUGCAAUUGCAAAGGACAUACUGUACUUGAUUACCUUCAUAAACCGGUACCUUAAACAGAGUUUCAACCUUUGUUCCACAAGGCCCUUAUAGUAAAUGCCAUGGACUCUGCUUCAAAAAUUUGUGGUAAAAAUGUGGGCAAGGUUUAUUGCAUUAUGUUGUUAGCAAGGUGCUUUACAGCCAGUGUACUUUCCUAUCAGGGCUACAAAUUGCUACCAGCAGAUUGUUAAGUGAACUUGGCAAAAUGUAGGGGCAUAACUGUCAACAUAUUGACAUCUCAUCUAGGGGCAGUAGCAGCACUCUGCUUCAUGCUGUAUGAACCUGAAAAAUUUACAGCAGUUAUGCCAGUCAAUCUCAUAUGUGGACUAUUAGUGUGUAGCAAUACCAAAAUUUGGGGAAAGAAGUCUUUCUUGAGAAACAAGAAGAGUGUUGCAACAACAUUUGCUGGUUUCCUGGCUCUUAUCUGUUAUUUAGGUAGAAUUUCAAGGGUCAUAAUUAUAUGUGUUAUAACUCUUUUGUUUUGAUGUAAGUAAAAAUAAUAUUCUACCUGUUUUUUCUUUUAGGGAGUUUUGCUAUAUUUUUGUGAAUUUUUCACCUCUGUCUCCUUAUUUUAGGAAAGAGGCCUUAGAGCUACAGACUGCCCUGGCUCUUUCUUUGAGUGAAUCCUCAGGGGACCCUUCACAGCUUCCCUCACCUUCAUCUAAGCUGCAAGAACCUAAGAAGCACAAGCCAGAAGAAGAUGGAACAGUUGGGGGGCUACCUGCUAAAGAAACAGAGGAAUUAGCUCAGUUCCCAGUUUUGCUAAAUUCUUUAGAGGUUACAAGUGCAGAUAAAGAGUCUAAGAAGAGUAAUAAACCCACGAAACCUCCUUUGUAUGCAUCUGCUUCUCAUCCACCAUAUUCAGUCAAUGACUUUCCCUCUCUGUCUGCUUCUGGUCAAAGAUCUGAACAAUCACCACCUGUACCUCCAGGAUUUGCUUCAGCAGCUCGUCAGCAUCCACCUUUAGCUAUAACACAGCAGACUUCUCGCGCUAAGCCCCCUCCUGGUUUUCAGACACCCUUUGAGGCAACUUCUAAGGAGAAGAUUAAAGAAAAUGUGGCACCAUUACAAGAAGCACCUGUUACUAAAACAGAGGUUAAGACAAACAGUAGUGUUCAAGAGAGAAAUCAAGCUUUAGUUGAAAAAAUAAGAGUCUUAUUAGGAUAUGAAAAGUCCAAAUUUGAAGAGUUCAAGGAAUUAUCUGGAAAGUUUCGCAAGAGCAUUUGUUCUGCUGAAGAAUAUUAUGCUCAGUGUUAUGAAUUAUUCGAGUCUAACUUUUCUCAAGUUUUUGCAGAACUGGUAGAUUUAUUGCCUGAUCCUGAUAAACGAAAAGAACUGUUAGCUAUCCAUCAAGAUGCUAAAGUUAUAGCAAAGCAUCAAGAUGAUAAAAAUAAGAAUGGGAAGGUCAGCAAAAAGCCACCCUUGCCUGGGGUUUGGCAAACUGGUGCCACUGCUUGGAAUGUGGAGACAAACAGGGGUGGUAUAUCUGAAAGAGAUUUUCCAGCAUUGCCUGCAGCAACCAAACCAUCUUAUCAGCGAAGGUAUAAAGCACCAAAGAGUGCUGCUGUCCUCAAAGAAGCAUGGAUCCGAGGAAAAUAAGUUCCUUUUUGACAGAAUCCUGAUACAUGUUAUUGUGUUUUUAGGGUAAUUUACAGUUUAUCUUGUGUAGUUUCCAAUUUGAGGACAUUUAAGACCUUGUACUAGCAUUGUGUCGUAUUAUUGAAUUGUUUGGGUUUUUAAAAGUUAUGGUUAUCUAGAUUUAGUACAUAAACAUUAUUAAUGAUUAGUACAAUGAGGAUCUACCAUUUUUAAAUUAUAAGUUUUAUAGCUUCGUAUAUGUAUUUUUUUUUGUAACCGGCCAAUUUAGUAUUUUGUGUUCCUUCCUGUUCAAUCAGUCUCACACUUUCCAGUUGCCAGAGACACUUAUCUGCCAUCUCCUCCCAGAGACACUUUUCUUUCAAGGAAGUAUGUUUUAAAAAGACACUGACAGCUGCAAAGGAGAUCAGUGAAAUAGUGCAAUAUCUAAGGAACAUUCUCAAUGCCAUCCUAUGAAAAAGUUAUCAGGAAAGAACAAGCAAAUAGCAAAUCCCAUUGGCCAACUGCAAGCAACAAUCGAAAUGUUAAUUAAUGAGAAUUUUAAGUCAAUUCUAAUGACAGGUGUUAAAUUUUUUUUAAAAUGGGAUUCUGAGUUAACAACUCACUUUUUUAUUUUUCAAUGGACAAAUGUUGCUAAGUUCCCAUAGGAAAGGUAGAGAAUUAAAAUCACUCCAUACUCAUUCU